AUGCCAAAUUUUCUUGGAAGAUGGUUUAAUCCAACUAUAAUUAAAGAAGAAGAAAGAGUGCCAAACUUUAGUGCCAACACUUCUUUAAAUGUUUCAGAAGGGGAAAAAGGUACCAAAAAUUUCACAAUUACGCAUACCAAAGAACAAUUUAAUGAUGAAGAAUCAUUAGUAUCAAAUGAAAAACAAUUAGAACAUAUUUUUAAAGAUCCUAAAACUGCUGAAUAUUAUAGAAAACUUUAUGAAAGUACAAAUUAUGAAUGUAAAGAUUGGUUUGAUCCUGAUUAUACAUGGACCGCAAAAGAAGAACGUAAAUUAGUUUGGAAAUUAGAUUGGUAUGUUACUUUCUGGGCUUAUUUUAUGUUUACCGCUUUAGAUUUUGAUAGAUCAAAUAUUUCACAAGCUUUAUCAGAUAAUAUGUUGGAUGAUUUAGGUGCUGAUGUUUGGAUUCCAACUCAAUUAGUAUUAUGGAGUGUUGUAUCUAUAGCACAAGCUGGUAUUAAAGGAAAAUCAGGAUUUUAUGCUACAAGAGCAUUAAUUGGUUUAUUCCAAGGUGGGUUUAUUUGUGAUGCUUGUUUAUGGAUGUCUUAUUUUUAUACUUCAAAAGAAUUACCAUUUAGAUUAUCAUUAUUUUAUAUUGCAAAUCCAUUAACUUCUGUUUUUUCAUCUUUAUUAGCAUUUGCAUUAUUGAGAAUUAAAACCACAUUAUUACCACAUGGUUGGCAAUGGUUAUUCAUAGUUGAAGGUGCAUUUACUUUAAUUGUUGGUCUUGUAUCAUAUUUCAAAAUGCCUCCAUCAGCUGUUCAAACAAAGACAUGGUUUAGAAAAAAAGGUUGGUUUACAGAACAUGAAGAAAAAAUUGUUGUUAAUAGAGUGUUAAGAGAUGAUCCAAAUAAAGGUGAUAUGAAUAAUAGACAACCAGUUGGUCUUAAAGAAUUAAUUAAAACAUUAUUAGAUUAUGAUUUAUUACCAAUUUAUAUUAUUAGAAUCUUGGGUGAUAUUGGUACAUCACCAGUUUCAAACUAUAUGACUUUAACAUUAAAAAAACUUGGUUUUUCUACUUUAAAUACAAAUUUACUUACAAUUCCAUAUAAUAUAUUAACAAUUUUCACAAUGUUAAUAAUUGGUUAUCUUUCAGAAAUUGUUAAAUCAAGAGCUUUAUUAAUUGGAAGUGUUUCAGUUUGGAUUUUAGCCUUGACAUUCCCAUUAAGAUUUUGGCCAGGUUCACAAAUUAAAGUAUGGCCAACCUAUGCUAUUUUAACUUUAUUAUUAGGACAUUCUCCAAUUUGGCCGUUGACUAUUAGUUGGUGUUCUGCAAAUUCAAAUUCUGUUCGUACAAGAGCUGUUAGUGCUGCAGUGGUUAAUAUGUUUUCACAAGCUGGUGGUAUAAUUUCAGCAAAUAUUUAUAGACCAGAUGAUAAACCAUUAUAUAAGAGAGGUAAUACUGAUUUAAUUGGUAUUGCAUUUGGUACACUUGCCGCGUGUGUUAUUGGUAGACAAUAUUAUAUCUUUAGAAAUAAACAAAAGGAUAAAAUAUGGGAGUCUUUCACUGAUGAAGAAAAAGAAAAGUAUAUUUUGGAAACUACUGAUGAAGGUCAGCUCCACUUCAAUAAUCCCAUAGAGCUCUGUCUGAUGGGACAUGACAUUGAACCAAUUAAGCAGUUUAUUGAUUUUGACUAUUUGCUCAUGUUAGAGCUUUAUUAUUGUGACACCACCAAACAUGAGUUGAGUCAUAUCUCCUUCAGGAAUCUUAUAUCUCUACUUAUUAGCUCUGAUGACCCUAUACAUAUAUAUAACUGUGAUUUUACUGCGUUAAGAAUCUUGGACGUACAUUUUAUAUCUGAGUUGACAUUGGAAAAUCUUGAAUUUCCACUGUUAAACAAUGCUAUGCUGAAACCGAGCAUUGUGCAUGAUUCUGAUAAUGACAAUGUUAUUUUAAGAAACAUUAAGUUCCCAAAACUAAGAUAUCUUGAGCUUACAGCAAAUUCGUGUGAGACAGUCAACACCAAGGCUCCAAACUUGGAAUACUUACAUGCAAAUAUUCAAAAUGAGCUGACAGGGUCAGAUUAUUCCUUUUUUAACCAAUCAUCAGGCUUAUUCAUAUUCCGGAACGCGUCUGAGUUUUUAGAAAACAUUGAUACCACAAAUUUGAAGUUCUUGGGGGUAAGGUUGUUUGCCUAUGAUCAAGGCUUUGAGGGAAUGAUGAGUUCUUUGAAGCUUUGCAAACUCGAGGCUCUCCAUAUCUUCCUCAGUGAACAGUAUUUAAAAACUAAGAUAACAUUUUCUGGUCACUUUGCACAACUUGAAAACUUUAGUGCUUUGCAAAACAGGGAAAUGCCUGAAGAUGAAAAGGAGAGGUCAUUUCUGUCCUUGAACAUUUCGGCUCCUAAUCUCAAAGAGUUAUAUCUGGAAAAUUAUUCAUUAAAAAUUUUAGAGUUAUACAAUCACGAUCUUUUAAGACAUUUACAAAUCAGUGAAUGUGACAUUAAAGAGUUGGUUGGACCUCAACUGAAGUCUUUGGAUACUCUGGUUCUGAAUGAAAAAUCUAAAAUACUUUCCGUGGAAAUCCAUGCUCCAAAAUUAAAAGGUUUUGAAAACAAACUAAACCUAGAUGCCUUGAAAAAUUUCAGACUUUCAGUUGGUGGUAGGCUAUUGAGAAAUACUGACAGUAUCACACCAGAACCAUCAGAUGAAUUUAAUCGUGGAACAGGUGGUUCAAUGUAUGUCAAGUCAUCAGAUCUUAAGAACUAUGACUAUAACUACCCAAUGUCAUAUCUACAUAAAAGUAUCGAUAAGUUCGACAAUGAAGACCAUUGCAUUAAUUGUGAUGGUGAGAUAAAAGAAUUUAGCAUUACUGCAGAAAGAUCUGAAUGUGAAUGUUAUUAUACUAGUGGGUGCACGUUUGAAAGUACUUUUGAUUAG